GCUGUGGCACAUUCCAAUCAGGAAGCUCUGACUUAAGAUGCUCAGAAAAGACAAUGGAUGUGUCUGUCCCGGUUCUCAUACUGGCGCUCAUCACUGAAACGUCUGCGUGCCUCCAAGGGGCCCAGCAGUCUCCCCCCUCAGGGGGGAUUGUGCUGUGUUGGGAUUCCAGCUGGGAUUGCUUUUUGCACAAGAAGAGAGAGAAGCAUUAACCUGAGACAACGGCUGCAGGCUGAAACUAGACAAAUUCUAACGGGAAAUAAGAGGCGGAUUUGUAACAGAUUUUCAGGCGCAAUGACUGAACCGCAGAGUCCCCCCGAGCCAACGGCUGCUGGGGAGAGCCUUGGCGAACUAGGUGGCAAUUACAAGAUCACCAUCUUCGAGCUGGAGAAUUUCCAGGGCAAGAAGCGUGAAUUGACAGAGGAAACUCCGAAUGUGACAGAGGAAGCUCUGGAGAAAGUGGGAUCGAUCCAGGUAGAAUCAGGCCCGUGGCUCGGGUUCGAACGCCAGGCCUUCUGUGGGGAGCAGUUCGUGCUGGAGAAGGGAGCCUACCCGCGCUGGGACUCCUGGUCCAACAGCCACAGCAGCGACAGCCUGAUGUCCCUCCGGCCCCUGCUGAUUGACAGCAACGAGCACAAAAUCCACCUGUUUGAAAACGCCGGUUACAGCGGGAGGAAGAUGGAGAUCGUAGAUGACGACGUGCCAAGCCUCUGGGCUCACGGGUUCCAGGACCGGGUGGCCAGCGUCAAAGCACUGAAGGGAACGUGGGUGGGCUACGAAUACCCCGGCUACCGAGGCCGCCAGUACGUCUUUGAGCGGGGCGAGUACCAGCACUGGAACGAGUGGGACGCCACCCAGCCCCAGAUCCAGUCUGUGCGCCGCGUCCGGGACCAGCAGUGGCACAAACAUGGCUGCUUUGAGACCAGCUGAAGGGGACGCCGGCGCCUUGCGCGGCCACGGCCGAGGAAGAGGCGGACGACGUGAUUUAUAACCCGCCGUGUUUGUGUCAAACCUUCUCAAUAAAGCUCACAGCUGGAGGCUU